GUAGAAGACAUCACCACCUGUAAUCUCACCAUAGACCGACGAAGGCCUCAAAUAUACACUCUGAUUACCUCAUCGCGCAUUCUAACCUUCUGGUAGCCAUAGUGGAUAUAUCCCUACUGACUACAGUAUCUAUACUGUACAAGUACAUCCCUCAUCAUCCCACAACACUGCACUGUGCUGCGCUGCGCUGCUCUGCGCUGCUCUGCACUUUCCUCUCAAAUCGUGGUCGUGGGCGAGGCGCUAGUCUCGUUCGGAAAUAAGGUCUCUGAUCUCUGGCAAACUUCUGCUCCUCCUCGCGACGAGAUACCCCCAAGACGACCACCCGUGAGAUAGGAGGAAUAGAGACAGGAGCAGAAUCAGGUACCACAUCCUCGCGACCGUGAUACCGGCGACCUGGAGUGGAUUCGACGAUUCGACAUCGCCAUACCGAAUUCCAUCCCAACAACUGCCAGCGGAUCUCACUUCGGCACCUGUGCAUGCGCACCCAACUGAACCGACCUGCUUUCCACCCCCGACCCCGAACGAAACCACGACGCCAUCUCCAUUCAGAUGCAACAUGUCGACCACUGUCAAUUCCACCACCACAUCAGUUCCCGCGAGUGCGAGACCCUCCGUUCCUACCAACCAUUCACACGCCGACCCCGCCUACACAAAUGGUCAUCACCAUCACCACGAUGCGGCUUCGCACCAACACGCUGGAGCAGCAAAUGCUGCCAAAAAGGGAAAGCAGAAGAAGGCAGCGGACCCAAACGAGACGUCCAAACUGCUAGCCGCAAAGAUUUCGCAGUUGGAGCUGGGAGCUGCUGAGGACAAGGAGCAGGAAGCCGAAAUUGGUUGGUCUUGCCCAUAUAAUUUUGCAUGCGCUUGAAUUUUCCCCAGCGAGGUGGCAAGUGUACUUUUCCGUACAAGAGUACUUGAUGGGUGUUUUUGGAGAAUAUGACGUGGUGCACAGAAAUUGGCAAAGAGGGGAACCGAAUGAGCAAACAGAUGGCGAACAGUGGCAAGCCAUGAUCGUGCUUUUUAGUACCGCUGAAGCCACUGCGCGAUCCAAGAAUAUCCAUCUGGUUGGGAGAGCCUCAUCAAUUUCUGUGUUGCUAUAAGGAUACUCUUAGAUUGAGAUUUUGUUUUAUUGCUACUUGAAUUUGCGAUAGCGAAAUUUUUGCUAACGUAUCUUAAAGAGCGAGAGGUCAAACGAGCAAAUCGAGAACUCAACAGUCUUACCUCGAAAAUGGACGCUUUGCAGAAGAUUGAUUUCCUCCAGAAGAGAGUCACGGAACACCUGACUGACGUGAAACGAUGGGAGCGAAAAAGUCGGAAGAACCAGAAGCGGGCAGAUGAAUUACAAAAGGAAAAGGACCAGAGAACCAACGAGCUCAGUAAACAAACCAGCAUGAAACAGAAAUUGGAGACCCUGUGUAGAGAACUGCAAAAGGAGAACAACAAGUUGAAGGUUCGCUUUCGAAUUUUUGCGUCACUCUGGCUCAAGUACUGACAGCUUAAAAUAGGCUGAGAAUAGAGGUUACCAGGAUUCUGAAAAAAGCAGCCACGAAUCUUGGGAUGAGAAGUUCAGGCAACUCCUAUGGCAACUCCAGGACUAUCAAGAGGCAAAGGAUCACCCUCAAGCGCAAAUUGUGAAUAUUGAGGUGGAAGACUUGUUCGUCAUAUACUGCUUCCCACUCAGGCUUAUUAUCCUAACAAAUUUAGGUUCAAACAACGCUUCAAAUCCUUGAUAGACCAGUAUGAGUUGAGAGAGCUCCACUUUCAUUCUCUCAUGCGCGCAAAGGAGCUAGAAGUACAGUACAAUAUGGCAAGAUAUGACCGCGAACGUAAGGCGGCCGAGGCGGAAGUUGCUCGAUCGAAAGCCCUGAACACCCAGGUUUUGACCUUCUCCAAAACCGAAAAUGAGCUUCGAAAUCAACUUAAUAUAUACGUCGAGAAGUUCAAACAGGUAAGCCCAGGCGCUUUUUUGAAUUGGGUAUACACUAUCCAAUUUUCCGAGUACAUAUUGUGGACGAAACUGAUAGCUUUCAGGUGGAGGAUACGCUUAAUAACAGCAAUGACUUGUUUCUCACUUUCCGAAAGGAGAUGGAAGAUAUGUCCAAGAAGACGAAGCGACUUGAGAAGGAGAAUAUGAAUCUUACCCGAAAGCACGACUUGACCAACCAAAAUAUCCUCAAGAUGGCCCAGGAACGAACAAAGAGCAAUGAGGAUCAAGAGGCUUUGCGAAAAAAGAAUGAAAAGCUAACGAGUAUCAUCAACCAAAUGCAGAAGCAAGGUAGGGGCGUACCUGGUGGUAUGAUGGGCAGUACGGCUGAAGGAAGUGUUGAGGGAGAGUUUCGAGAAGGGGAUAUGGAAGGUACCGAGAGUGAGUAUGAGUAUGAGGACGAGGAGGCUGAAGAUGGCGAUGAAGAGGGAAGUGAAGGGGAGUAUGACGAAGAUACUGAGGAGGAAUUGCACCUUCAACAAGCUGCAAAGCCUUUUGGUCCCGUACCCCCCCCUCCUGCCCCUCUUUCAGCGAUCAAUGGGCUAGUUGCUACUGCGAAUGGCAUUAAGCAUUAA